UAACCAAUAACAUAUAUCCGUAGCCUGCAGUUGCUUCCGGCCAUGGCAUCGACGGAUAAUCCAGCUGACCCAGAAACCGGUAAGGAAGUUCCACCACCGAAGGCCUCAUGCGAAGACACGCUUCCUCCUCCUCCUAAAGCUGUAAACUUAUUUGCAGUUGAUGUGGCUCUUAGGUUCUUGGUGUUUGCAGCAUCACUAACAAGUGUAUUGGUCAUUAUAACUAGCAAACAGACAGUAUACCAAGGUCCUGUCCCGUUUGAAGCCAAGUUUGAUCACUCUCCUGCCUUCAUAUACUUUAUAGUGGCACUAUCGAUUGCAGGCCUCUAUAGUAUUCUUACUACGUUAGCAUCCCUUUCAGUCAUGUGGAAGCCAAUAUUCUCAACCAAGUUCUUGCUCCACUUUGCAUUUUUGGAUGUGCUAAUACUGGGUCUAGUGGCAUCGGCCACGGGCACUGCCGGGGGUGUUGCGUAUAUUGGAUACAAGGGCAACGAUCAUGUGCAAUGGCGCAAGGUUUGCUCUAUUUUUGACAAGUACUGCAAACAUAUAGCAGGCUCCCUCGCUUCAUCGUUGUUUGCUUCGAUCUUGCUGGUUCUGCUGGUGUGGCUGUCAACUUUCUCACUCCACAAGAAACUUUCCAGAUAGAGAUGGUGAUAUAUAUCGCUUCAAAUUGUGUGUUAUAAG